GUGUAUGCAGUGUGCAUGUUGUUGCUUUUUCAUAGCUCCAUGGUUUGAUUCAGAUUGUAACUGCAGAAUAGUUGGGAACUAGAUUUAUUAAGGCCUGCUGGAGAUGAGUGAUGUACUACCAGAGGCGGUUCCAAGAUCAUGGCUUGGAUUUGGAAUGGGUCUUGCUGUUGGUGCUGUGGCUGCUUCAGGCGUUAUCGGCUACAUAUGGAAGUGCUCAAAGGAGCAGUUUGUUGCAGACUAUGUUCAUUACGACCACAUGUGGAAUGAAAACCACCAUCUAGGAUCCUUUAAUCCAAACGUCAGUGUGGCCUCGUCACACUUUUCUACCCCAGUACGUACCGCAAGACCCGAUGAUGCAACGCACAGUGCUACCCAGAAUCCCUUAAUGGCCACCCACCACCACGAUGUCGUUCCCGCCACAUCUCUCAGAGAGCAUGAUGGGAAUCUGGACGUCAGGGAGCAGGGUAUAGGAUACGGUGAUAGCCGUAAUCUACUUCAUCUCCUGUACAACAUGGCGGAAGACCAGUCACGGAAAGAGAGCUCGGUCCACAGAGGUAUUUCCUGUAACUCGUGCAACGCCAGUCCUUUAUGUGGAACCAGAUACAAGUGUGCUAGUUGUGUGGACUAUGAUAUAUGCGAGCGAUGUGAACCACAUGACAGACAUAAUAGAACGCACGUCUUCAUUCAAAUCAAGAUACCCAUUCCACCUCUUGCCAAUCCAAGAAAUGUCCUCAUUAAGCCGUUUUAUCCAGGUAAAGAGCUUCCAAGGCGGAGGCCAACAUGGGAGGAAAUCAACCAUCUCAGGUCAAAGACAUACUUUGAUCAACAUGAAUUAGAAGCCCUCUUUGAGCAGUACAGGACAUUAUGUACCAAGGACAGAGGUAUAACCAGAGAAGUGUACGACCAAUGCCUAGGACCACUCGGUCUGGAGAAGAACUUAGUUAUGGAUAGAAUAUUCAAGUUCUACGAUGCAAAUGGUGACGGCUAUAUUGACUUUGAGGAGUUUGUUUGUGGAUUGUCAAUCCUAAUCAAAGGAUCGCCAGAAGAGAAGGUUCGAUAUGCUUUUGAAGGGUAUGACUUAGAUGGAACGGGGGUCAUCAGUAGAGACAACUUGAGGAAGAUGUUUAAGGCGUACUUCUACAUAACCAUCGAGUUAGUGCGAGAUGUCGUCAAGGCAUGUGAAGAAGAAAUGAUGGCUAAUUUUGAUGACACCCAAGGCAGACCAGUGUCAUCUCUCUUCAGUGCACCGAUCCCUACUGAUACCGGAGCCGAUCUGAACCUAACCGCCAAGGCACCGUUCCCUGGGAACCCUGGCAGCAGAGAGGAUAUGUGGCCAGUCAUGGAAGCAAUGUCUCAGGACGCAGUGGAAGAAAUGGUGGAGAAUGUAUUCAAGAUGGCCAAUGUUGACCUUGACCAAAGAAUAACACUGCAGCAAUUCCAGGAAAUGACUGUCACAGACUCGAGUCUGCUGGACUGGUUCGAUACACUGGGGACCGUAUUCUAAAAACCCUCCACACCGAAGUCUACGCUCGAUGUCCAAGACGAAAGGGUUCUCUUCGCUUGCCGGGGGAUUCUCAGUGCAUGCUGUUUCCGUGGCAACUUUCAAAACAAUCAUCAGGCAUUAAUGCCAUGCUAUGGCACGGAACCUAGGCACGCUAGAACUGACUUUAUCUCGGGCUGCACUAGUCGUCACAUAUAACUGGAAUAGUACUUAUUUUGUGUCGGGAUGUUAUAACAUGGAGACUGUUAUAUAAGGGUUUCAUGGCCGAGUCGUUAAGAGCAUCGAAUUCAAGUUCUGGUGGUUAAGUCAUCUGGAUGUGGGUUUGAAUCCCAGUCGUGACACUU